GGACUUACUACACUAUGUAAGUCCAAUUUCGAAAUGUCCAGGAGCAAAUAAAUAACUUUCUGCCAGCUCAGGAGGAUGUCGUAUGGCGAUUGGAACAGAAUGUGAACAUCUAAACUUUCAGCAAGUUGCAAGGCGAUGACAGCGAGCAGCGGCGUGCCACACAAAGAAGCAUCAGCCGGCAGAACAGAGAUGAAGCACUGCGAACCAGAAUGUGUUUUCUCGGUCUCCCGUAUGCUUUCGUAAAGCCAAGAGGUGGACGCAUGAUUCGGAAGGGGUUACGGGUUUUGUCGCUUUGUGUUGCAUAGUUGGUACUCUAACCGUAUACUAUUAUGUCUGAUCCAUGUUACUGGAGCGGGUUGCCUGGCAGCAGCAAAGCCAAUUUUGUGACGGGUACGAUGCUUAAGCGAUCCAAAAGCUGUCGGAGCAGUAAUAGGAAGAGCCUUGGUGUUGGAACGCCGUCGCCCACCCGGCCUCUCUCACCACUCUCUGCCCACACAGCUGCCAGCAGCCCUCUGGACAGCCCACGAAAUGUGUCCACUGCUGUUUGCUCACUCAACUUCCCUUUUGCCCGCAGCCACCUGGCUCGAGCUGACAGAGUGGAAGGUAGACGGUGGUCUUUGGCUUCCCUUCCAUCAUCAGGUUAUGGGACCAACCCUCCCAGCUCAACUGUCUCUUCGUCAUCCUCAUCUCAAGAACGACUCCACCAGCUUCCAUACCAACCCACACAGGACGAACUUCAUUUCCUGUUCAAACACUUCCGAAGUUCGGAGAGCAUGACUGAUGAAGAUGGACGACCCUCACCUUUUAUACGGCCCCGGUCACGUAGCCUUAGCCCUGGACGAACAGGUGGCUCAUUUGAUAAUGAAAUUAUAAUGAUGAACCAUGUCUAUAAGGAGCGCUUUCCAAAGGCCACUGCUCAGAUGGAGGAGCAUUUGCUGGAUAUCAUCAGGCAGUGUUCCCCUGACAGCACUCUCCCAUUGGGUGAUGGGGUCUUGGGGUUUAUCCAGCACCAGCUAAUGGAGCUGGCCAGAGACUGUCUGGAUAAAUCCCAGAAUGGCCUGAUAACAUCCCUGUACUUCAUUGAGCUGCAGGAUAAACUGGAAAAACUGCUGUAUGAGGCUCUGGAGCGCUCUGAGAGUGAGGAGGUUUCAGUUAUCACCCAACUGGUGAAGAAGAUUCUCAUCAUCAUCUCACGGCCUGCACGACUGCUCGAGUGUCUGGAGUUUGACCCUGAAGAGUUUUAUCAUCUACUAGAGGCUGCAGAGGGUCACGCCAAAGUCGGCCAGGGCAUCAAAACAGAUAUUCCCCGAUAUAUAAUCAGCCAGCUUGGUCUUAACCGAGAUCCCCUUGAUGAAGUUGUGCAGUUAGAGGAGCAGUAUGAUUCUGGCCCCACACUGACUGUUGAUUCGGAAGAAUCUGCAGCACAGAAUAAAUCCUUUCCCACACCCCCACGAAGGAAACCACUGGAGAGUGAUUUUGAGACCAUAAAACUCAUCAGUAAUGGGGCUUAUGGGGCUGUGUAUCUAGUAAGACAUAAAGAAACUCGGCAACGAUUUGCCAUGAAAAAGAUCAAUCGACAGAACCUGAUUCUGCGGAACCAGAUCCAGCAGGUGUUUGUGGAGCGAGACAUCCUGACGUUUGCGGAGAACCCUUUUGUAGUUAGCAUGUUCUGCUCCUUCGAGACACGCAGGCACCUGUGCAUGGUCAUAGAGUAUGUGGAAGGUGGAGACUGUGCCACUCUGCUGAAGAACAUGGGCCCACUUCCUGUGGAUAUGACCAUGAUGUACUUUGCUGAGACAGUUCUGGCAUUGGAGUACCUCCACAGUUAUGGCAUUGUGCACAGGGAUCUCAAACCAGAUAACCUUUUGAUUACUUCGAUGGGACAUAUUAAACUCACUGACUUUGGGCUCUCUAAAAUUGGCCUCAUGAACAUGACCACCAAUCUGUACGAAGGCCACAUUGAGAAAGACACCAGGGAGUUCAUCGACAUGCAGGUUUGUGGCACUCCGGAGUACAUCGCCCCAGAAGUGAUCCUGCGGCAGGGCUACGGGAAACCUGUGGACUGGUGGGCUAUGGGCAUCAUUCUGUAUGAGUUCCUGGUUGGAUGUGUUCCGUUCUUCGGAGACACAACUGAAGAGCUCUUUGGGCAGGUUGUCAGUGAUGAGAUUAUCUGGCCAGAUGGAGAUGAUACCCUUCCUGUAGAUGCCCAGGACAUGAUCACACAAUUACUGAAUCAAAGCCCCCUCGAGAGACUUGGAACAGGUGGGGCCCCAGAGGUUAAGCAGCACAUGUUCUUCAAUGGUCUGGAUUGGAAUGGACUCCUGCGUCAGAAAGCUGAGUUCAUCCCUCAGCUGGAGGCAGAAGACGACACUAGUUAUUUUGACACACGAUCUGAACGCUACCAUCAUUUGGCCUCUGAUGAGGAUGAUGAAACUAACGACGAAGAGUCUUCCCUUGAAAUACGACGAUUUUCCUCAUGGUCUAAUCGCUUCAGCAAGGUUUACAGUAGCACAGAGCACCUAGCCACCCCAUCCAACCUGAGUUUCUCCUCCGACCGGAGUCACAGUGAAGAGAUAGAGGACCGGGCAGAUGUGAGAGAGACUCACUGCCCUGGAGAGAUCCAACGACAGGCCUCCACUGGAGACAAGAGGCUCUCACAGAGGGCAUGCCUGCGACCUCGAACUUCCUCCAGCUCCUCUCAGCCUGAGCGUGCCGUGAGCCCCUUAGUGGUUAGCAGCACACACAGCCUGGAGGCCAUGCCUCGAUUUGCCCUGUCCACAGAUGAUGAGGCUGAAGUCGUUGUAUCCAACCUGCGGCGAAUCAGACUACGUAGCAACAGCACUGGAACAAAACACUCGUCACCAAGGGAACAAGGGUGUCCUCAGUGCUUUGGAAACCAGCUGGAGACGCCUGACAGGCAGCUCCUCUCACCUGGGUGCAAAGUCCCCAAGUCUGCUUCAGCGUCCACUCUCUCACUCAUUAUCACACCAGAUGAUGGGAGUGGCAGCCUGCAUGCUCGAUCAGUUUCCCCUCGCUCAUUUUCUUCUAACCCAUCAUCCCGAGACUCUUCCCCCAACCGAGACUUGUCCCUCAGCAUCAGCAGACUCCGCCCACCCAUCAUCAUCCACUGCUCUGGGAAGAAAUACGGCUUCACCCUGCAGACCAUUCGUGUUUACUUGGGGACCAGUGACAUCUACACCAUACACCACAUGGUCUCGGGUGUGGAGGAGGGCAGCCCUGCUCAUGAGGCUGGCCUCCGAGCAGGAGAUCUGAUCACUCAUGUGAAUGGAGAGUCUGUGCAGGGUCUCGUGCACACAGAGAUGAUGGAGCUUCUUUUGAAGAGUGGAAACCAGGUGGCCCUGCAGACCAUCGCCCUGGAAGACACGUCCAUUAAGAUCGGGCCAGCACGUAAGAGCAGCUGUAAGGGAAAGAUGGCCCGGCGCAGCAAGAGAAGCAAGUGGAGGGACAAUCAGGACCGGAGGCGCGGUGUACUGAAGAAGCUGUCUAAACAGAGCAAUGCCAUACAAGGUAGCCGGAGUUUCUCCUCUGGGCUGCAUCAUUCUGUGUCUUCCAGUGAGAGUUUGCCAGGGUCUCCCACCCGCAGCCUUUCCUCUGGACCCACCACACCCUGCCAAAGCCCCGUCCCUGACCACACCUCUGAUGCCAACCUCCCCCAGAACACCUCUCCAUGCUCCAGCUCCCCAAGUUCACCAGCUGUCCAGAUGCGACCCAGUUCACUGCAUGGCCUCAGCUCCAAACUCAGCAACCAAUGCUACACUAAAGUGGGAAGACGGAAGUCCACCAGCAAUAUCCCACCCUCUCCAUUGGCCUGCACCUCCACGUCACAGGCCCUUUCCCCCCAGCGUUCCCCUUCUCCCUUACCCAACAUGUCCAAAACUCUCUACCACUCUUUCCACGGCAAAACACUCUCUCCUCCCACCAUCAUUCGGCACGUGGUCAGACCCAGAAGUGCAGAACCUCCCCGUUCCCCUCUGUUGAAGAGAGUCCAGUCAGCAGAGAAACUUUCAGGCGCCUUAUACGCUGAUAAAAAGGCCACACGCAGACACGCACUGGAGGUCCCCCAUUGUGAGCUGGAUGUACCAGGGGACGUUGAGGCAGAGGGGCCAGUAUAUACAGCAGAUCACAGCAGGCUGGGUGGGUACCUGUGUGCGCAAAGACUGCGGGACUGGCCUGGUGAGCGAAUGGAACAGAUCAUUGUAAUGCGCAAACUUAAUCUUUCAGAGCGCCGAGAUUCCUUCAAGAAACAGGAAGCUGUGCAGGAAGUGAGCUUCGACGAGCCAGAUGACAGAGCUCCCCAGAUCCCUGCUCAGACGACCACAUCAACUGGUACACGACCCACACAGCCAAAAGGGACGAUGGGCGAAAUGCAAUCAGACGAUGAGGGUUUGGCGAGGAGGAAUCCACUGGUUCCUCAGAUCGCUGUACAAGGAUCGGAGAGCGAAGAGGCUGAUGACUGGAGGCUUUGUUCGGAUGAGGAGGAAAAGGCAGAAGAAAAGGAAAGCAUCUCACACACUCGGAGUCAUGGUGAACCUCGGGCUGACUGCACUACCAGAGACGGGACACACGCCUCAGCAGCUGCACAUGAAACCACUGAGGUGAAUGCAGAUGCAAUAAAGCCAGGAAAGAAGCACCAGAGUCCAGAGAAAGGCAAACUGAAAGAGAGAUAAAUGAGUGAAAGAGAGCUUAAUUUGCACUGGCUUCUCAUGUUUGUUCUGACUCAGAAUUAAAACAAUUGAGUUUAUGUAUUUUAUUAAAGGAAUAGUUCAACAAAAAAGGAAAAUUCUGUAAUUAUUUACUUUUCUGAGUCAAUUGCGACAGUAUUUGAAUUUUUGGCUGAAGUAUUCCUUAUGUAAUUUGGAGUAAGCUAGUCUUAUGCAGGGAAUAUUUAUGCUUUUAAUUUCUGAUGCACAUGAGAGGUACUGAGGAGAGAAAUGGAACUACUUGAUUUUUCUGUUAAAAUGUACAAAAGCUUUUGAAUCCAUUUCGUCUUCCAAGAGCUCAAACUUUUCAUUUCUGCACCAACUUUGUGUUUGAUUUAAAAGCUACUGGUUCAAAUGAUGUUUGAAUGAAAUUGUCAUGUGGCCCUUUUUAUAUAUAAUUCCACAGAAUCUCAUAGAGAUGCCAGAGCAAGACAUUUUGAAUAAUUUGUACUAAAAAAGGACUAAGUGUGUGUGUCUACUGUUGGGAUUGAAACUGUGGGAACCCCACAAAUCACUUGAAACAGUUAUUUGUCAUUCAUGCAGGUUCGUCCAAAAAGGUCAACCAAAUCUUCACAUUUUUUUUUUUUUUGGAUUUUACAUAAUCAUUUUAAAACAAUGUCCCUCCCUAAUGCUCUCCUUAGUGAUAUGUCUGAUGUUGAUUUUAAUUUAGCAGUCCCUUUUCAAACAAGACUUGGAUUUAUGACAUUCGUUUUGUUUACUAGCAGUGUUCAUCUUGUUUAACAUGAAUAGGUAACAUUAACUUUAAAGGUAAAAGUAUUUACCUAUUAUUUUUUCACUGUUCCCCCAUGUUGGAUGAUUUUUUUUGUCAUUCCAAAUAGUGAUAAUGUUUGUAAAUGAUUCUAAGUCAGUUUAUUGGAAACCUAAAAAAUAAAUCAAAUAUUCAUGAGUGAUGAACUGUUUCACAGAUACUACUAAAUUAUACUCAUUUGUUACAAUAUUAAGCAUGCAGUCGCUGCAUAAAUUAUACUAGUGGGAACUCAUCUGGGUGCACAGAAAUCACUGUUACAACCCACAAGAGUUUUUCAUGGACUGUUGGCCUAUGUGGAGUUCUCAAGCUUUUGUACUUGGAAUAAUGUUAAAAUUUUUUAGAUAUGUUGAUUUCUACUAUGCGAAAGGGAUCUGUGUAUGAGUGUGAUUGGGUGAUUGGGACACAGUGUAAAGCGCUUUGGUAACCUCUAUAGUACAGUAUUUUUUAUUGCACACAUUGUUAUAAUUUGCAUGAAAAGGUGCAAGUUGUUUGGAUGUUAAUUUGUUUGAACUUGAUUGUUACUGUUUAUUUAUAUAGGAACUUUGAAGGAACAGCAUGCACAUGCUUUACAAGCUAAAGGAAACAUUUCUAUGUUUGGUUUGUGUUAAUUGCAACCACUGUCUCUGCACUACUUUAUGCAUCAGGCUACUGUAUUCAGUGUUAUUGAAAUCAUAAGCAUUCCAUGUGUGACAAACAUUGGUGAAAAUGUCAGUAGGCUCAAUUUUUUAUUUUUAGAAUGUCAGCCAACCAAUUUGCAUGCUGCUUGUUCAGUAAAUACACCAAGCGCUGGCAUGGCAACCUGAGUGCAGUAUGUGUUAAAUGGUCAACUAUAACCAAGCCUUUAUGCUACAGUAAUGUUAUUCAAAUAUGUGGGUCAUGCAGACCCUGUUUUGAUAUCUUAUUCCUUUAUAUUACAGACUUUAGAUUUUGUGGAUGAAAAGUUUGCUGUAUCUAAAGCUGUUGUGUGGAACCCAGAGCCACGCUUAUACCCGUUCAGACAAAACAGAGUGACUGCGUGCCCUGUGCACUGCUACAUUCACACUAGAGCUUCACAGGUUGCAACAUGAGUCAUCUUUGUAUCUUGAGCUAAAGGUUUCCCAGAAUCAUCUGAGUUCUUAAAUUUUGGUUUGUAUUUGUUAAAUAAUAAUUUUAUUAAUUUGUUUAAUGAUGUCAUAACUGUUUGUCUCAUGAUGUUUUGUAAUAAAGCAUUCACUGUUUAAUAGGGAAGAUCGAUGAUAAUUAUUUUGCUUAAAGCACAGGAUGGAGUGGUGGUGGUGUAGUGGGCUAAAGCACAUAUCUGUUAAUCAGAAGGUCACUGGUUCGAGCCCCAUGGCCACCACCAUUGUGUCCUUGAGCAAGUCACUUAACUCCAGGUUGCUCUUGGGGUAUUGUCCCUGUAAUAAGUGCACUGUAAGUCACUUUGGAUAAAAGCGUCUGCCAAAUGUGUAAAUGUAAAUGGUUGGGUUUGUAUAUGCUAGUCAGUUUGUGUCUUGGCUAUAAAAUAGCUUAAUGAAUAACAUAUUUGUUGGCUUAUUAAUGUUAGGGCGAUUCUAAAGGCACAGGACCAGAACAAACAUAGGGUCCAGCAGAAUUCCCAGUCUUAUCUUUAAUUUAUUUAACUACUUCAAAGAGUUUGCAUCAAAAGAUCCUCCACGUGCAGCAAUGACAGCUUUACAGAUCCUUGGCAUUCUAGCUGUCAGUUUGUCCAGAUACUCGGGUGACAUUUCACUCCACACUUCCUGUAGCACUUGCCAUAGAUGUUGCUGUCUUGUUCAGCACUUCUCACGCACCUUACAGUCUUGCUGAUACCACUAAAGCUCAAUGGAGUUAAGAUCCAUAACACUCUUUUCCAGUUAUCUGUUGUCCAAAGUCUGUUUCUUUGCAUACUCUAACUUUCAAAAGUAGCUAUUUCAUUGUAAUUCUUCCCAUAAGGCUGCACCCCUGAUUCUUUUCUUUACUGUUGUACAUGAAACUGGUGUUGAGCGGGUAGAAUUUAAUAAAGCUGUCAGCUGAGGACAUGUGAGGUGUCUAUUUCUCAAACUAGAGACUCCGUACCUGUCCCACAUGCUUGAUAUUCGGAUGUACCGAUCCUGUGCAGGUGAUGUUACACAUGGUCUGCCACUACGAGGACGAUCAGCUGUCCUUCCUGUCUCCCUAUAGCGCUGUCUUAGCACGGACUCACAGUACGGACAUUGAAAUGUAUUGCCCUGGCCACAUCUGCAGUCCUCAUGCCUUCAUGCAGCAUACCUAAGGCACAUUUACACAGAUAAGCAGGGACCCUGGGUAUCUUUCAUUUGGUGUUUUUCAGAGUCAGUAGAAAGGUAUCUUUAGUAUCCUAAGUUUUUAUAACUGUGACCUUAAUAGCCUACCAUCUGUAAGCUGUUAGUGUCUUAAUGACUGUUCCACCGGGGAAUGUUCAUUAAUUGUUUAUGGUUCAUUGAUUAAGUAUGGGAAACACUUUCAAU